CAAAAGUACACCGUACCGAAACAACAUGCCCCGCGCAAGAGGAUGGGUGUGGGAGCAUUACGAGACCAAAGUUGACGCGAGGGGGCGACAAAUGACUGCGUGCAUCUACUGUGACAGCAGCCUUGCCGGCCGUGGCAACCCCAUUCGAAUGACGCGGCACUUGGCGCUGUAUUGUUUGGCAGUGCCAAGGGCCGUCAAGGCGAAGGCCGCCCACGCUGUGAACAAGCCACCCGCCGCCGCUAGCAUUAACCCAAGCGUUGGCAACCAAGCUUCGUCCAUCGUCUCCGACGACAUCAAGAUGGAAGAUUUCGCAGACCACGGCGACGAUUGGGCAAGUAGCGAUGGCUCCGAGGAUGAAGGCCAACAAGACAAAUCCAGGAUACUUGCGGUGUUGAGUCCGAUUCAAAGCGAAGUCCACCGGUCCCCGCAUCUUGCCGAAAAGGAACAAGAUGGAUUGCUUUUGUCGCAGUACUUGGCCCCCACGGCCGAUGAAUUGUUGGCCCGUGCGCUUUCAAGAACAAACUUAUCUGCUCAAGACGUGGCCUGCCCUGAGUGGAGGGACUUCUUUGCCUCUGUUGGGUACGUCCUGCCUUCGCUGCAAACGAUGGAGCAAUUGAUCGCAACGCUGUCGUCUCAAAUGCGAUAUGGUGGGGCGAAUGAAUGAAGGUCGACAGUGCUGUAUCCCUUGGAUGGACCCACAACUGAAAUAGCACCUACAAGGCCCACCCGCAUUGACAAAUUGAACGUCGCUCGCAUAUUUGUGAUCGUACAAGAUCGCAAAUGAUCCAUUUUAGCUAGCUAACGCACUUUAUGCAACGUCACUGCACACUGUACGACAAUAUUACAGUACCACACGCUACUAGUACAAUA